GCGGCGCCGCGGGGAGGAGCGCGGAGUGCGAGCCGAGCCGAGCGGAGCGGAGCGGGCCUCCCGCCUGCGAGCGCGCUGCGGGCCGCGGCCGGGCCGGGGCUGCCGGGGGCCAGUGGGUCGGUGAGGCUGCAGCUGCCCGGACGAGCUGAGCGACAGCGGGGACCGGGUGCGGAUCUCCGGUCCCGGCACCCGGAGCAACUGAGAGGACGGGUGAGACUCCGCGGAGCGCUGCCCAGCUGGGGGCCAUCGCGACCGCCCCUCCUGGGGGACUUGGCCGAGGAGCCCAGCGUGAGGAAGGGAGCCAAGAGGAGCAGGACCUUGAAGCUCAAAAGGUGCUGAAGAAGGGAGCCCCUGGCCCACUUGACUGCUGAGGCCAGGUGGCCAUGGCAGGGCGUGGCUGCCUCUGGCUGGAGCUGUUCUGCUGGGUCCUGCUUGCUCUUCCUGUGGGCCCCCAGCCUGCCUCUUCUGUCCCAGGUGCCCUUACCACUCUGACCCCACCACCUCAGAGUGAGGCCUCCAUGCUGUCUCUCAACCUGGGGCUAAACUUCAAAUUCCAUCUUCGGGGACCUGCUGCUGUCUGGGGAAACUCUGUCACAGAGACCCAGGCUCUUUCUCCUGGCCCAGCCCAAGAGCCAGAGGAUGAGGUGGCCAAUGGGCUAAGGACGGACUCCCUUUGGGAACUGCUAGUAGGCCCCCCUGGGAACUCUCUCUCAGAGUGGGGCUCUGCCGAAGGCAGCUCUACAUCCUGGGCCUCCUCCCUGUCUCCUGAGUCCACAUCCUCCCUCUCUGGGCCCACCCACCGUCCAACUACUCCCUAUCAGCCCAGGAUGGCCACUGUGACCUGGGCCAGUGCUCUGACUGCAACAGCACCAUCAUCCAGUGUUCCCAGGCCCCAGCAUAGUGAGCUGGAGCUGAAGUUUGAUAUGGCAUUGAGAGCAGGUGCAGCCCCCACACUGGGGCAUCGAACACUGCCCCUCCUGCCCAGCUUGCGGGCCAGCCUGGCAGAGAUUGCUGGGCGCCUGGGACCCUUUGGGUUCUUUGGUACUACUCUGUCCCCGCUCCGGAACUUCUCAGGCCUGAGACCCCCAGGCAUAACAACAUCCCCAACCUCUGCCUCCAGAGUGUCAGACUCUCCAGGGUUCUUUGGUACCACUCUGUCCCAGUCCCUACCCUCUCUGGAGAGGAAACUCUCAAGCCCAAGCCUACUGGACCCAGCUUCUUUCCUAAGCACUGUCUCAACUGGGACAACUCCAGUACAACAUGAUCACAUCGUCCCUACCUCUGGCCCAGAUGACCUCCCUCCGGCCAGCCUUGGGAACCCUUCAGCACAGCCGGAGUGCGGGCCAGAGACUUGCAGCGUGGACGUGGGCCAGCUGCCUGAUCGGGAGGUGCAGCCUCCGUCCUCCCCGCGACCCCUCUUCUUCCUGACCCUGGAGGCAGACUGGGAAGAGGCCCGGGCUCGCUGGGGGCUGGCCUGGGAGGCCCAUGUGUACGGGGCAGGUGCGCUCUUCGGCCUGGUGGCCUUGCUGGCGCUGCUGGCUCUGGCCCUCUUGCCUUGGCGCUGCCCACCCGGCGCCCCCUGCCUGGCGCUGCUGGAUCUGCUACUGCUCUCGGCCGGGACCACGCGCGCCUUCCCACUCUUCUACGACGCGUACGGGCACCGCGACAGGCUGCCGACGCUCGCCUGGCUGCUGCUGCAGGACCUUCCACUGCCCUGCCUGGCCGCCGGUCUGGGGCUGGCCUGCCUGCUGCUGGCCCGGCCGCGCCCACCGCGCUGCCCCGCUGGCCUGGCCGCGCUGCUGCUCCUGGGGCUGGGGCUGGCGGCCGCCGCCGCCCUGGGGAGCGCCGCGCACCGCCCGCUGCGGCCCCUGCGGCUCGCCUCGCGCGGGCUGCACGCCUUCCUCGCUGCCCUCCUGUCGGGGCUCCUGCUGGCGCUCUCGUGCUUCAAGGGGCGGCGGCGGCGGGCCGGGGCGCCCCUGGGCGGGUCUGUCUUCAAGGGAGCGACCCCCGUCCCGCAGGCGCGCAGCCCUUUUGCCCCGCGGGAGUCCUGGCGGCGCGCGGCGCGCACUGCCCCGGUGGCUGGCACUUUCGGGCUGCUGAGCGGAGUUCUGCAGGGCUACGAGGUCCUACACGCCCUGGGCUACGGCGGGCAGCCUGGCCUGGAGGGGCCCUGGCCUUGGUGGGCCUUCCAGCUGGGCCUGCGCCUGGGAGAGGUGGGCGUUGCGCUCCCCUUGGCGCUGCUGGGCCUCUACCCCGCGCUCUGCAGCCCUCGCGUGCCUCCGCGCUGCUGGGCCAAGAUCUUCCGCUUGUCCCCGGGCCAUGCGGCCCCGCUACUGCCCGGAGGCUGGGUCACCGGGCCCCAGGACAAGGAGCCCCUCGGUAGCGCUAUCAAUCGUGGCGACGCGGAGCUGCUGCAGCUGUGCGCACUGGCAGGGCCGGGCCCCGACUUGCUACUCCAGGGCAGUGGCUGCCCCGGCUUCGAAGGCGCCGCGGACAACCAGGUGCAGUCUCCGGCCUCCUCCCCAGGUAGCGAUUGCACUGUGGACUUCCGUCCGCCCUCCCCAAUUAACCUUCGGCGCAGCAUUGAGGAGGCGCUCUGUAGCGAGGCGCUGCUGGCUCCUGGCCUCUUCCAGGGUCCUGCCUUCGGGGAAACCUUGCCGGGGCUUGGCCUCCACCACAGGUCCUCGCUGGGGACCAAGACCAGGACUGGGCUCAGUGGAAGGUCGGAGGAAGCCCCCAGUUCUCCGGCACCUCCGGAGCUCCCCUCUCCUGGGGCUUGGCCUGCAGGCAGUAGCGCCUCAUCUGGCUCUCUGUGUGGACUAUCGAGGGACAGCUCGUCCAUGCUGUUAUGUUCCAGCCCGGACAGGCCUGUACGCUGUCCCCUGGUCUGUGUCCUCAGUCCCCCGCGACCCUCUGAAAGCAGCCUUAGCCUCCAGGUCUCAGGAUCUUACCAGGCACUGUCCCCACCCUCCCAUGACUCCCCAGAGCCUGCUACUGAGCUGCAGGUAGAGGAGGCCUCGCUACAGGAGCAAUUCCUGGAUGCUUGUCGACAAAUCGAUGAGCUGAGCGUGGGCAGUGACACCAUUGACCUGUGAUAAGUCAGGCACCUCAAUGCCUUGCUGCCAUAGGCCCUUCUCUGGCACCUGCUCUGUUUGAGACCUGCACACUGUAACCUUCCCCCAAUCCUGCCUGGCUCAGAUACCUCUCCCCACUUCCUCCCCCAUCCAGGGGCUCCUGGGUGGGUGGGUCAGCAGCCAGGCUCUGUUGAUUGGGAAUUAGUGCCAUCUUCUCUGGAGCCCUGGGCACUGAUGCCCUCAGCUGCAAUUUUAGGCUGGCAGGGGUCCCACUUUCCUUGGCCUUCACCAGCAAUAAAGCUCCAAGGUGCUCCACUCUGAAGAGUGAGAGGCUUCCUCAGAAGACCUGGGGCCCUGCGUUGGUCCCAUACCCACCUUUGCCAUGCCCGGGAAUCCCACUCCUGUGAUGAGUGAGACUCCCUGUCCUCUACAGGACCCUUCUCCACAGAAAGCUUACUUUACAGCAGGUGGGUGGGAGGUGAAUGCUUUCAGAGUUAAUUUAUCAAUAAAAUAUUUUCAGAGGA